UUUUUUUUUCUUAUCUAUUAUCUAAUAUUUAUUUCCGUAGUAAUAAUGAAGCUUUGCUUUUCAUUAUUACUUGUUUUAUUAACACUUCAACUUUGUGAGGCUUUACCUCACUUUCUUCAAAGUCCUUUUGAUUAUUUGAAAAGUCGUUUUCGUCAAAAUGAUAUUGAAGCUGAAGAUAAACUUUAUCAUACUACUCGUCAUUGGCUUGAUGCAAAGUCUAUUGCUACCUCUUGUACUGGAUGUAUUAGUGCUCUCAAAGUUGUCAAAAGUUUAUCUUAUGCUUCUGAAAGUUUAUUGGUCCGAACACUUACCAAUGUUUGUAAACGAACGAAAAAAGUCUCUCCUGAAGUUUGUAAAGGUCUUAUGGAAGAACAAUUACCUAUUGCUCGAAAAGUUAUCAAGACAAUGUCAAUUUCCGGGCGUGAUGGUCAUCUGUUUUGUGCUGCUGUUGCGAAUUCCUGUCCAUAUCCUGAUUUAGAACCCUGGAAUGUCACUUUUCCCAAAGAAAAACCCUCAGAACCUAAGGAAACUCCACCUUCUGGAGAAAUCAUGACCAUUCUUCAACUCAGUGAUUGGCACGUGGAUCCUCAUUAUGAAGUCAAUUCUGAUGCUGUAUGUGAUAAUCCUAUUUGUUGUCGUGCUGCCAAUACUGAUUAUAAUAAUAUUACAAAACCUGCAUCCGAAUGGGGUGAAUAUACAUGUGAUCCACCACUCAAAUUGAUAGAAUCCAUGUUGAAACAUAUUCCAAAGGUUGAAAAAGAAAUUGAAUUUGGAAUUCUGACUGGUGAUAUUCCUCCACACGAAAUAUGGUCCACUUUACCUUUUAUGAAAACACAACGUAUGCAUGAAAAUGCUUAUGCUUUACUACACACACAUUUUGAUACCAAGGAUCAUCUUAACUCUGUCUUAUACCCAUCAGUUGGCAAUCAUGAAGCUGCACCUACAAACAAUUUCCCUCUCAAGUCAACCAAACUUCCACAAGAGAAAGGUCUUGAAUAUCUCUCAUUGAAAUGGUUAUAUAGAUCAUUAGCAAAGAAUUGGCGUGGAUGGCUUUCAGAUAUGCCCAAUUUCUCUGUACAAACGAGUACUGGUAGUUAUGUGACAAGACCCUUACCUGGUUUGAAGCUUAUCAGUAUGAAUACCAACUUUUGUUAUACUUUGAAUUUAUGGUUAUAUGAAAGACCGGCAGAAUUGGAUCCGAAUGGGAUUUUGAUAUGGUUAAUUCAACAAUUACAAGAAUCUGAAGAUGCUGGAGAACGUGUUUGGAUCAUUGGUCAUAUUGCUCCUGGUGAUUCAACUUGUUUCCAUGACUAUUCAAAUUAUUACUAUCAAAUUGUGGAACGAUAUGCACCUCAUGUGAUUGCUGGUCAAUUCUUUGGACAUACCCACAAGGAUGAAUUACAAAUAUUUUACCGUGAUGGGGUACAAACAGCAUCCAAUGCUAUCUCUACAGCAUAUGUAGCUCCUUCUAUGACUCCUUAUCUCCACGUCAAUCCUUCAUUCAGGAUUUACAAGGUAGAUAGACAAUCAUUUCAGGUAGUGGAUUCUAUUACUUACACAGCUGAUCUUGAUCAAUCUAAUACAUGGGAGGAUUCACCAAAUUGGCAUAUUGAAUAUUCAGCAAAACAAGAAUACAAUUCAUCAAAAGCAUUUUUACCAUCUACUAAUUCCCCUCUCACACCAGAAUGGUGGCACAAAGUAACUGAAGAAAUGGAAGACAAUCAAGAAGUUUUUAACAAAUACUGGCGACACCGUGUCCGAUCUAGUCCCAAAAUCCCUCCAUGUGAUGAACAAUGUCAAUCCAAUGCCAUUUGUGCUAUUCGUGCAGGCAAAUCUGAACUUCGAUGUGAUUAUGAUUCUGAUGUUUUAUUCCGAGUUGGUCGUCCUAACAAUAUGUCUUCUUUCUCUGGUCCUCUAUCUGAACCUCAUCCUUGUGGUUUGAACUUGAUGGGUGAUCAUUCAUAGAUUUUUUUUUAUUAUUAUUAUUAUAUUUUAGAUAGUUUUAUUUAUGCAAUCAUAUAUAACUGUAGAAUUAUGUGUUUAUCAU